AUGUUUAUGUCAGAACAACGAUCAUCAGAAGAACCGAGGCAAAAAAUCUUUGGCUCUAAAGAAGGAAAAGCUAAAAAGAGUCUAAAUAAGAAAUUCCCUAAUUUGCUAUGCAUAUUAUUUAAUUUUCUUUUUAAUUGGCUUUAUGCUCUAAAUCAAUCAUUUUAUUUAUUUUAACUCUGCAUGAGGGAGUAAAAAAACAAUUUCACCACCAGAGUUCAAGAGUGAUCCCUCUUCCCCACUUUCUGGCGGCGACUCAAAUAAGGUGCUUCCAAUACCUCAUGGGGAUAAUCCCUACUCCAAAGCCAAACAGGCAGAGUACAAAGACAGAGACUACAAAAAAGCGGAAUUUUACUAUAAGCAAGCCAUAAAUCAAGGCGACAGGGUUGAAAGCGCCGUCAAGGAUUUAGCUAGUUUAUUGCACCAGCGAGGCAAAACAGCUGAAGCCUGCAAACUUUUAGAAGAAAACCGUGGUUUAUUUAUGAAUAACUACGAAAAAUACCAGAACCUAUACAAUACCAUAUACAAGCAGCUGGACGAAACCACAAGUUCUCUUAGCCGGAUCCUAAAGGUUUCUGGCCUUGGGAAAGAUGACUCCUCUCAGAAAGUGACUGGACUCUUCAACAAUUCUUCAAGAAUCCUAGAGGUUGUGAUGGGGCAUGAAGAAGAGGAUGGCGAUAUAAAUUACUACGCUUUCCUCCGAUUCAACUCGCAUUCAUCAGCACGUAAAGCUUUGGAGGCCUUCAGGAAUUGGACCCGUCAUAGAGUGGAAUGGGUCACAAAAACUGGGGAAAUCAUAGGAGAUGCCCACUAUGCCCGUCAUAAGAUGGAGGAGUACAGAAAAGCCAACCCGACCUUUGAUUAUAUUAUUUUUGAUCGGGAUCCUAAAGGCUAUGUACUUAGCUUACCAAUUGACGGACACAGUGCUAAAAUUAAAGAGGAGUUGCCAGAAGGAGAAGUUUCCAUAAGAGGGCUUCUUGGGACUGAUCUUUAUGAUUCGAUUUUCAACUAUAUUGAUCCAUCGCCUAUUAGCUCUUUACGGGUAGCUGAAGUGCGGGUGAACUAA